UCUCUCACACCUAACGAAGAAGUAGAAGAAAGAAGAAACAACAACAACAAACAAAUAGAUCUCUCUUCCUCUCAAAGUCUCUCCAUCUUCAAAAAUACCUAAACUUCGAUUUCGAUUAACUCCAAAUGUCAUGAUUCCCGAGAAAAAAAGAAAGUUCCGGGAAAAUAGGAUAAUAUAACAAUAAUCCGCCUCGAGCUCCGAUAGAGAGAAAAACGUUCACAAUGUCGGCCUUUGUGUUCAAGAGUACUCUCUUCUUGAUCCCGCUUCUGACGCUACUCAACAUCCCGAGCUGCAGCAAAGCUCGAAUCUUCACCUUCGAGAUGCACCACCGUUUCUCCGACGAAGUCAAGCGCUGGUCCGAUUUAACCGGUCGAUUCGGUAGCUUCCCCCCUAAGGGAAGCUUCGACUACUACAACGCCCUCGUCAUCCGCGAUCGCCUCAUCCGCGGACGCCGACGCCUCUCCGAGUCCGAGUCCGAGUCGGAGUCGUCGGCUCUCACUUUCUCCGAUGGCAACUCCACUUCUCGCAUCAGCUCCCUCGGAUUUUUGCAUUACACGACGGUGAAAUUGGGAACUCCGGGGAUGAGAUUCAUGGUGGCGCUCGACACAGGAAGCGACCUCUUCUGGGUCCCUUGUGAUUGCGGCAAAUGCGCACCUACUCAAGGACCUGCUUACUCUUCUGAGUUUGAGCUGAGCAUUUACAACCCUAAACUUUCGAAAACGAACAAGAAGGUCACCUGCAACAACAGCCUCUGUGCGCAGCGUAACCAGUGCCUCGGAACGUUCAGCACUUGCCCUUACAUGGUCUCUUACGUCUCUGCUCAGACUUCCACCUCUGGCGUUCUUAUGGAAGAUGUUAUGCACUUGACUACUGGAGAUAAGAACCCUGAGCGUGUUGAGGCUUAUGUCACUUUCGGAUGUGGGCAGGUUCAAAGCGGUUCAUUUCUUGACAUUGCGGCGCCUAAUGGUUUAUUCGGUCUAGGCAUGGAGAAGAUAUCGGUUCCAAGCGUUUUGGCGAGGGAAGGUCUGGUUGCUGAUUCUUUCUCCAUGUGUUUUGGACAUGAUGGAGUUGGGAGGAUUAGUUUUGGGGAUAAAGGUAGUUCUGAUCAGGAAGAGACACCCUUUAAUCUCAACCCUUCACACCCAAACUACAACAUCACAGUGACUCGAGUACGUGUGGGGACAACUCUGAUAGAUGAUGAGUUUACAGCUCUCUUUGACACUGGCACAUCGUUUACUUAUUUAGUUGAUCCCAUGUAUACAUCAGUCUCAGAGAGUUUUCAUUCUCAGGCUCAAGAUAAGCGUCAUUCACCGGAUCCAAGGAUUCCCUUCGACUAUUGCUAUGACAUGAGCUCUGAAGCGAAUGCUAGUUUGAUACCGAGUUUAAGCCUCACAAUGAAAGGAAACAGCCACUUCACCAUCAAUGAUCCUAUAAUCGUCAUCUCUACUGAGGGUGAGCUUGUAUAUUGCCUGGCCAUUGUCAAAAGCUCUGAACUCAACAUAAUCGGACAAAACUACAUGACCGGGUAUCGUGUAGUAUUCGACAGAGAGAAGCUCAUCUUAGCUUGGAAAAAGUUUGACUGCUAUGAUAUCGAAGAGACAAAGACAACUCUUGCCGGAUCAAACAAAACGGAGGCGGUGGCUCCGGCAAUGGCAGCUGGAAUAAGGACUCAUAAUAACUCCUCAGAAGAGCUACACAAAACAAACCGAACCAACUCCAAAAGUAGUAGCUCUUCCUCCAACCAAAGAUUUAAAACAGUAAAGCUAUGGUCUUUCUUCAGAUCUUUGUUCAUAUUACUUCCACUUUUAUAAUAGAGUUUGUAGUAGUAGUAGUAAUCUUCUUAAAGUCACUCCAAAAACACACCCAUUUUGUUUGUAUCAUAAAAGAUUAUAGAGAUCAGCCUCUCCAGGAAAUAUAUGUUCUUCCACUCC